AUGAGAACUACCGGUAUGAGGGCGGUGAUCUUGCUGCUAAUCUCGGCGAGCGCUUCUGCAGCGCUCGCUGGCGUAUCUGAGGGCGGCAGCAGCAAUUUCGACUACUUCUACCUCGUCAGGCAAUGGCCGGCGACGUUCUGCAACGACCACACCUGCACGCACUCGCCCCCAAACCGAUUCAAGUUCACAAUCCAUGGCAUGUGGCCGCAGCGAACCGACGGCACAUGGCCUGAGUACUGCGAUCCCGGCAACCCCUUCAGCGUGGCUAAGAUCUUAGAUCUCCUGCCCAGCAUGAUCAGGACCUGGCCCAGCUGGUCUGGCGAAAACCGGGCGUUCUGGUCUCACGAGUGGACGCGCCACGGCACGUGCGCGGAGCGGUUGGUCGGAGGGGAGCGCGGCUUCUUCAAGGCGGUGCUUGGCCUGCACAAGCAGCUGCGCAUCGAGGACGCGCUGGCCGCCGCCGGCAUAGGGCCAUCCGGGGAGAAGGCGUACGAGGGGCGCGUGCUGCAGCGGGCGCUGAAGGAUGGGCUUGGGACUUACCACCACAUUUUCUGCGAUGCCAAGGGAAACCUGGCAGAGGUGUGGAGCUGCGUAGGGCUCGACCUCCGCCCCUUCGACUGCGGCGCACAGCGCGACGCCCCCGCCCUCCGCGGCCCCAGCGCGCUGCCGCCCCAGAACAACGCGUGCGGCCUGCGGGUCAAGAUCCCGCCGCUGGACCGCCGUUACGCGCGGCGCGGCGCCCGCGCGUGGGCGGGCGUGGCGCUCGCCGCGCUCGUGCUCGCUGUGGCGGCUGUGGCGCUCGCGCGGCGGCGCGCGGCGGGCGGGGGUGGGGCCGGCGGGGACGAGCUCAGGCGGCCGCUGGCGGGGGCGGCCUGA